GUAGAUUCAAUACUGGACGAAGUGAGUGAUAAUAGGUUGCAAACUAGCAUUAUCAAGAGGGAGAAUCCGGGAACGGCCUUUGACUGCAACACAUAUCAGCUGACCCCCGAUUCACCCAUAUCCAGCUCGCAAAGCCAGGUACAAGCAGGUACUAUUGUGGCUAAUCCAAUUCCUAGCGGAUACAGCAUUGACUUCAUCGAUCAGAAUCAGAGAAGCGUGCACUUAUCAUCGUCUCCACUGCUGCGCGUUGAUACAACAAAUGGCUCGAGCGAUGCAUGUAAAGUUGACCAAAGCUCUUCGCCUCCACUAAUUUCAUGUACAACAACGGGCACAGAGAACUGCUCAACGGGCAGUUUCUCUGUCAUCCUCCGAUCAGUUGACAGCAUGAAUACAAGCGAGGAGCCAAAAACGGCGACAGCUGAGUCCUCAAUAUCCCUGAAUCGAUAUACGCCUCUAGAUAGUCGCCCAAUCGCAACUAUGCCAGCAAUUCGCUCAGCAGAAGCCAUAUUGCAUCACAACUCUUCGACAUAUCUAGCAACGUCUGUUAGUCCGGUUAAUACAAUCUAUUAUCCGCAACAUAGCAGUCCACGACUUAUGCCUCAUACGAUAUUAGAUCAGGAACAUGUACAUGCCACGCAACAACAACAACUGCAACAACAACAGCAGCAACAACAACAACAGCAGCAACAACAACAACAACAGCAGCAUCGUGCUAGCGACACACAUGAUAUAACCGAUUUUGUAACGUACGUUUGCCAAGAUGGAGGUGGAGGGCAUUCAACAAGCUUAGCGACAGCCGCAGCAGCAGCAACCUUAGAUAGUCCAGUCUUUCAGCAUGCGCAUCAGUUGUCCACUCAUCAUAGCCAUCAUUCGCCUCACUAUCAAAUCCAUCCACAACUGAGAGCAACGAAAUUGGGGGCUGCUCCAUCGUCUUCCCAUUAUCAUAGCACUAUGUUGCCGCCGAUGUUGCCACCGAUGGCUCGACCUGUUGCCAUAAUACGCACCAGCGCAGAUCUAGCAGUGGUCACGGGUCAGUCUACGGCCACGGCCUCGUCGACGAAAGGCAGCACAAUGGCCAAUGAUGAUGAGAAUCGCAGCAUCAAUUCAAUUGAUGGGGGUACCCAGAGUCCAGCUAAUCUAGAGAUAGAUCCAAACACAAAUGCGGAUUGUACAACUUUGGUUGCAAGAUCCUCACCACAAUCGCAGUCACAGUCACAGUCACAGUCACAGUCACAGUCACAGCAACAGCCACAGCCGCAGCCAGCGACCAGUCCUCAUACGCAUACAAGUGAAAGUCUCCGAAGUAAAAUGCCAUCGAUUGCCUCGAAUUCGCUAACUCGAAUCGCAACGCCAAUGUAUCCCACGGCAAAUAGCCGAGAGUAUUUUAAUCAUUUUCAUAGCCAGUCGACAUCGCUAUUGGGCUACGCAGGAUCUAUUUCGACAAUGUCUGGUGUCAUGAGUCCAACAAAUCUGAGUUUAUAUUCAACACCAACAAUGACUGUGAGCUCUGCACAUCGUACAAGUGCAAGAUCCCGAUGGAAUAAUGGACUAACCGAAGAUGAAUUCAACCUAAUUCCGCACUCUGUAGCUAGUACAAAUAUAGAAAAUACACAGGUUAUAUUAAUGGAUGAUUCAACGGGUCGUUUCACUGAUGAAUACCCCACAAAUUCUAAUCGUGAUUAUGUUUAAUGAAUUAAUAACACAUUAUUGCGGAGUUGGGCUUCGGGCAAGCUAUAA